GGGGGGGGGGGUCGUCUCGUCGGUGCGCAUUCGCGACACAUCCGUCCUGGCGACAGUCGCCGUUCGGCCCCAUGGAGGCCAGCGUUUUCCGGUACUGAGGCGGAAUAUCGCGGGCCGUGGGAGAACGGAUACGGAGGCUUGCCCUUUUUUGGAUUUGGGAUUUUGGAUGUUCGUUGUUGUUGUUGGCGAGGAUACCCUUUCGUUUUAGCCGUUUCGAUUUUCAAGAUGGGGUUGCAAAAGGAUCGGAUCCUUUCGCAUCCCUAAUUCGGAGACAGUCGCAUCGGAGACACCGGCGAGGGCAGGCUGCCGCUUCCCGGCGAAGGGAGGGGUACCCCGGGUAGCCGACGCCGGGUACGCCGGGAGCCGGGCGCCGCGCGGCGGCUCCAUGAGGAGGGAGCCCAGCCGGAGCGGAGCGCGAGAGAGCAGCGGCGGCGAGCCGGUUCGGAAGUUUGGAUGCAUAUGAUCACAACCACCAUGAUUUUUAUGAUUCUGGGUGCUUCAGUUGUAAUGGCGAUCGCCUGCUUAAUGGACAUGAACGCACUACUGGAUCGCUUCCACAACUACAUCCUGCCACAUCUCCGAGGGGAGGACCGCGUCUGUCACUGCAACUGUGGGAGACAUCACGUCCACUAUGUCAUCCCGUACGACGGGGACCAUUCCCUGGUGGACUCCUCGGAGAACUACUUUGUGAGCGACAGCGUGACCAAGCAGGAGAUGGACUUGAUGCUGGGCCUGCUGCUGGGCUUCUGCAUCAGCUGGCUCUUGCUGUGGCUGGACGGCGUCCUGCACUGCGCCGUCAGGGCCUGGAGGUCGAGCCGCUACUACGAUACGCCGUCCUGGUCGUGGCUGCCGCAGUUCUGCAACCUUCGAGAGUUGCGCCGAAGGGCCCAGCUCCGGCAACUGGACGACUCCGGCGGCAACAUGGUGCACAUCAAGCAGAAGCUGUACCACAAUGGCCACCCGAGCCCCCGCCACCUCUGACUCGACGGCAGCCCGACCGAACCCGAGCCCGUCCUCCCCCCGCCCUCAAACCUCACGGCGGGCGGCCUCGCGGGAAUUCUCCAGCACCCUGCGUAACGUUGCCCUCGGAAAAGCCCCGAGAAAACUUCGCUCGGUCAGAAGCGGGCCCCCGUCGGAACAAAACAAAACAAAAAAACACUUUUUCCGUAUAAGGACAGUUUCUGUGUUCAUUGUUUAACUUGGCAUGCUCUUUUAGAACAGGGUACGAUGUGGGCAGUGUUUGCAUUUUUAUUUUGGGUGGGAGAGUUGCUGCUUUGGGGGUGGGGGUGGGUUUUUGUGACGUUAGAUUGCUACUUGUGGGUAAAUAAAAAACAAAACAAAACAAAAAAGAGGUAGCGGGGGGUUUGAUGACAUCGCUAACGAUCGGCCCGGUGGGUCCAGAUCACAGCAACGGAACGAGAUGAGUCUGUUUCAAAACUGGAUGUGAAACCAUGGGAAAUUCUGACCCAAAAAAGUGACACAGACCAAUUAGCUUUACAGUGAAUUAACUGAAUGUAAUCUUUUUUUCCCUGUAAAUAUGCGAGGGGGGAGGGAACGAAAAGGGUUGUGGUUUGGGUUCUCUUUGCGACAUUUUAUCAUCCUUUGUUACAAUAGGAGAAUAUUCCGUCUUCACAUAUGUCGACCCUCUUUGCGUUUCUGUGGCCACUUGUUGCCGAGCAGAAUUCACAGAGCUCUGAGCAUGACUACCCAAUGAAAAGGAUAACAAAAACUAAGGGAAUUAGUCCACUGUGAGGAUUGACGACCCUUUGAUGCGAAUACAGAAAUGUGUUUCUAAACACAUGCGUCACGUUUGAAUAUAAUCGCUGCAAGCGUGUGCAAAGACUGAGAACUGUGUCGUUCUCAAUCGUGGGGCUAUUUGGUUAAAGUCUUUGAACUACUAAGCGUAAGCGCCUUCACUUGCAUCGCAAAGUCAAUGGCGGGCACGGAGACCACGCUUAACAACACUCUGACAAAUUUCGAAGACAUGCGGGGACUUUGGCAAUGAAUUUGUAAUGAAUUUGUUUCCCAAAAUAGUGCCCCCAGCUGAUCACUGUGUACAUUGUACACUUGCAUAAACAGCAAACCUCAAAUAGACAGCUCAUUUCCCCCCCCCUCCGGACAAAAAGUUACAGUUCGGGUCAUAUGACAUCUGUGUCGCUGUCGACUUCAUUACCACAGCACACGCCUGUACAGUCGGUAGUGUACUACGUGGCAUCUGUAAAGCUGACGUUUAUCGUGGAGCUGAACUCAUUCACUGCCAGCCUUCCCAGUUAACAUGGAUAUUUGACUUCUAAAGCCGUCAAUGGCAGUGAAUGUGUGAAAGAGAAAAUUGCUGUCAACCCUUCAACGGUGACCUAACAAAAAUGCGCACGUUUUCGUGUACUUGACUCAUCACAAUCAGCCAUUCAGCACAGGGAACCCUCACCAGAUGCCCCCUCGCCCACCCUCGCCCUGUCCAGACAUUGCUGUUGUGAGGAUGAAAUGUCCGUUUUAUUAAAAGCGCUAUUG